CCAUCUCAUACCCUAAUCCUUAUAUACAAGUGAUCAUUUCAUAAUAUUGAUCACUAGUCAUCACACUCAUAUACACUUCAUCUCUCACCAUGGUUGGAGCACCAGUUUCUUUCUCCGGCAACCAGCCCCAGGCUCCGGCCGCCACCAACGAUACGAUUGAGAAAUAUGCCCCACCUCCUCAAAUGUAUGCCACACCAAGUGCACCCAUUUCGACGCUUUUGCCAUACAAUGGGCAGUCGCCGCCGCCACCACCACCAUGCUCCAACCCGGCCGCCCCUUACCUAGCUACCACAUCUGCCCCUUGUCCAACAAACAUGCCAGCAUCAUCGACCCCCCUUAAUACAAGCUACCUCUACCCUCCUAAUCCAACAUCUCCAUUCCCGCAAAAUCCACCAACUUCAGCCCCUUAUCCUGUCGGCUCAGCCGCCCCACCGCCUCCUUUUCCUCCAUGCUCAACCACCCCACCACCUCCAUUUCCUCCAUGCUCAACCGCCCCGCCCAAUACUUAUCCUUCAAGUUUGGCAAAUACACCAACUACUACUUACCCUCCUCCUUCCUCUUCCCCGUCACCAUGGCUAAAUCAGACACCAACUUCUUUUUCCGGUCAGCCACCAUCUGCCUAUCCUCCAGCUGGAUACCCCCCACAACACGUUACUCCUUUGGCCCCAAGUGGUUAUCCAACAGGCCAGUCGACUGGAAACUAUACUGCACCAACAUCCACAUAUCCACAGGCUAAUCCUACAAACCAAGCACCACCGUAUUCCACUGGAGCCUAUCCGACGCCUCCACCCGCUAGCGGCGUCUACCCGACACCUCCACCCACCGGCGGAGUCUACCCACCCCGAUAUUAGUGUACCAGCAGAGAUGCAUGAAUUUGGAUCCAAACCCGAGAAUGUUGAUGUUUAAUAUGCGACUUUAAUUGGAGCAUCCAAAAUUUUCUUUGCGUUUACUUUCCAAAGUUUGAUUAUGAACACUCUUCUUUAUGACUUUAUAAGAUUCAACAUGUUUGAGAAAGGAUCUUUCUCUAUUCUCUGUGGA